AUGGAUUAAAUUUCUGAAAGGAGAAGACAAAAAAUAGAAUCAAGAAUGAGUGAAUAAGAUUUAAAAGAAGCUCAAUAAAUGGAAUAAGCAGAAAGUUAAGAAAGCUAAUAUAAACUAAUUUAAUAAAUAAAAGUCAAAUAAUCUGAAUAUAAUAGAGGAACUAUUUAUGUUGCUAUUUUAGUUUCUUUUAUUACAGCAUUAUUUCAAUUAACAGGUACUGUCAUAUUCUAUUUAGGCUCAAAACCUUAAUUAGGAUAAAUAUGGUUUACUGCUCAAUUGAUAUUACUUAUAAUUCAUUAUUAAUCAACUAAAAAGUUAGAUUAAAGAUGUAAUUUCUACAUUUAUAAUUAAUUAGUAAAUAAUGAUGAAUUAUCAUCAACUUUAAAAUCAUUAAUUGGAAACAAUUAAUUUAUUUUGAGCAUUCUUAAAUACAUUUAAAUGGCCAUGACAUUUUUUAGUUACUUCAAGAAUGUUGUGAUUGGUUUAGCUAUAUCAUAAAUAGUGUUUGUGUUAAUUGUUACAAUGGUAUGA